ACAUAUCGAAACUUGUCUCUUUCAGAUAUCAGGAAUCAGUCGAAGAAAAGAAAUAAAGUUGUGCGGUUACGCAGAUUAUACGACAAAUUAUUGCACCAAGCCAAUUGAAAAGAACAGAAUCUCAAUUAAUAGUGAAUCGAUAGAGAGAAACCGGAACAGUCUUUAGAGGGCGAUCCGUGCGACAAACGUUAGAAAAAGGGAGAAGCAUUGAAAAGUGUAUAAGGGUAUUUUAUCGACGUAAUAUCUGCGAACAGAACUUCUGUCUGAAGAUGGAUAUGACAGAUCUCGACGAGAUCUUCGGACUUAAUAAUUAUAAAUGGAGCAAUUACUACUACCAAAGCAGCGAUUUGGAAGAUGUGUUAAGCGAACUACGAUGUCUUCUACCUAACGAACAAGAAGGAAGCAAUGUUAUGCAGCCGGGACCGUCUUCCGUGAAUGAUCCGUGCGGCGAACCUCCCAUCAAGGGGAGUAACACUAACAAAUACAAUAAAAUUCCAAAACAAUGCGACAGAAGACAUGGGUUGAUAGAUCAUUGCGAGAAGGACCAACGUCGCAUUUACAAAUGUAAACAAUGCGACUACGGUACCAACCGUAAGAAUAACUUGAAAAGACACGAGGAAACACACAUAAGAAAACGUCCGACCUAUAGCGGCGGCUACAUGUGUACUGAGCCGGGCUGUAACAAGAUAUAUAAGAAUAAGUAUAGUUUAAUGAUUCACAUGACAUAUAAUCAUAAUAAUAACAAGAUGGAAAGCAAUAAUAUGGAGCCGGAACCGUCCGCAGAGAGUAAUCUAUACGGCAGAAAGCUAAAUGAAAAGUACAAAGUUUCUAGACAAUGCAGAGUCUGUGGUCAAAUUUUCUGUAAUAAGAAAAUGUUAAUAGAUCACUCAAUGAAGGUUCACCAAUGUUGCGUUCACAUAUGUGAAGACGAAACAUGUAAUUACGAAACGAACGUACUGCAAAACAUGCGAAAGCACUUUGUAGCAAAGCACAUGAAUAAUAAAAACUAA